UGAUUUUAUCCCUGAGGCCGUUGUAGUGUAAGGGGACUACAAAGAAUGGAAAAGAAGGGGUCUUACAAAUUCAAGUGAUAUCAAUUGACAGAAAGCUUAAAUGACUGAAUAUCAUAGCUCAGAGGAAAACAAGACAAUGGUGAUCACGUCACUUGUGGCCAAAGUGCUUGACAAGAUCCAGGGGAAAGAACAAGCCUACCUUGGGACUCUGUUGCCAACCUUUAAAGAGUGCCAAAACUAUAAAAUCAGCCUUUUUUGGCUUUUUCAAGGGUUUUAGAACCCCAAAACUAUGGGUUUUUUUAUUUUUUACUUUAGAGUUAAAAAAUGUUGAUUUUAUAGUUUUAAAUUUUAAAAGACCUAAAAAGGGCUGAUUUCAUAGUUUGAGCCCUUUUUAGGUUUCUAAAAGCUUUUAGAGCCAGAAAAGGGUAAAAAGAGUGCAGUGUUCAAGCGGCCCUACAGGACCAUCAUGGUCAAGGCACAUGCCAUCUGGAACCAGCAAGAUCGCAGCACUGUAGCAGCAAACAGCAUCUAUGCUGGGGUGGGGAGGAGGCUGGCUGUCCCCAACAUGACAAGGUGGAACUCCACCUAUGACUCUGUGGUGGUCAUCAACACCAUCCUGGAGACUAAGAGGCUUGUUCUCCACACAGUCAUUAUUCAGUUGAAGUUCAACAGCUUCAACAACCAGGAUGUUGACUUAAUGAAGGAGUGUGCCAAGGUCAUGUCACUUGUGGCCAAAGGGCUCGACAAGAUCCAAGGGAAGGAACAAGCCUACUUUGGGACUCUGCUGCCAACAGUUGUCGCAACGAUAUUUAGGCUCGUCUACUACAGCCCCUUGGUCAAUGCACUUUUGGCAGGCAUUGAUAAAAGGAUGAUGACGAGUGUCGUCCUGGAGGAUGAGGAAUGUCAACUGAUUGCUGCCUUCCACCCCAGGUUUCACCUCAUCUGGUUGGAUAAGUAUGAAAACACCAAGGUUGCCAAGGCGAGGAAAGCAUGGAGGGUAAGGUCAAGGAGGUCAUGAGACUGCAAUCUGAUGAAGUGAGCAGCAACAGUGGAGGCAGCAACACUGAAGAAGAGGAGGAUGAUUUCUUCAGUGGUGUCACCCAGCCAAAGGAGAGCAGCAGGAGCCACAAGUCACUCAAGGACAACGCCCAGAAUUUGGUCAAGACCUGGUUGGUGACCAGCUUCACGGAUUUGCUAACAGAUGCUGCCUUCUUGGGUGAGCAAGUGUUGGUGGACUUGUUCAUGAAGUUCAAAACAGCCAUCCCUCCAGUGCUGCAGUGGAGCAUUUGUUCUUUAUGGGCAAGGACAUCUUGAGGGCUAAGAGAUCAUCCCUGUCUGAUGAAAACUUUGACAUGCUAAUUUUCAUGAAGGGCAACAUGCAUCUCAUGAACAAAAUGAGAAUGAGAAGA